AUGCCGACAGGAAUAGCGAGAUACUGGGAUUCGCUGGAAAGUGAUGAGUAUUUUGAACCUUGCCAGUCGCAUACUGGCAGUGCACAAAAGUUGGAUGAUUGCCAAAAGCAGUGGCUAUCGGAACUAAGUGUCACAGCUGAGAACGAGUGCCAGUCGAUUCUCUAUGCCAAAUCGCUGCUCGACGAUGUAGAAGAAUCUGCUCCCGUUGUUCAAGAAGUACCACCUAUUCAAGUUAAUCAUCAAAGCAGCAUUAAAAAGAAGUGGGUCUUCGACUACUACUUUUGUUUUGAAAAUCCUUAG